AGGAGAACAUCCAAGUGAGGUGUAAUCACAUAUUUUAGAGCUUAGCAUCUUUUCCCAUUCUUCAUUUCCUUAUCUCAUUUAUUCAGUGCACGCAAAUCAUUCACCAAGAUACAAAAAACUCCCCAUAAAGAUCUCUCUCGGUAACGUCAAUGGGAACUAAACCCAUCCAGCCUGCCGCAUCUUCUGAUCAGGAAGCUGCAGAGAACAAAACAGAGGAGAAGAGAGAUCUGCCUAGAAGCAAAAACAGAGUGGUGACCAUGGCCAAGUACUGUUCUUCUCUGAUGCUUCUCGGUUUGAGUUUGAGUGCGCUUCUGGUAGUGGCUUUUGGUGCUGGUGAUGGGGAAACCAAGAUUGGGACUUAUGAGCUCAAGAAAGGGAAGAUGUCACUCAAGGUCACCAACUAUGGCGCCCAUAUGAUGUCCUUCAUUGUCCCUGACAAAUACGGGAAGCUGAAUGAUGUGAUUCUUGGAUAUGACACUGCUGAGGCUUACAAGAACGACACCAACAGCUUCGGAGCCACGGUGGGCAGAGUCGCCAACAGAAUCGCCGGCGCUCAGUUCACUCUCAACGGCACCCUCUACAAAUUGAUCUCCAACGACGGCAAGAACACGCUUCACGGCGGCCCAAUUGGGUUCUCCAAGGUCAUCUGGAAAGUGACCGACUACAAGCCCAACGACGUCGAGCCUUACAUCGUCUUCCAAUACCUCAGCCCCAAUGGCGAGCAAGGGUUCCCCGGCGACGUGGUGGCGGUGGUGAAGUACACUCUCCUAGCCUACAACCAGCUGAGCAUCAAGAUGAAAGCCAGAGCACUCAACAAGGCGACACCGGUCAACCUGGCCAACCACGCCUACUGGAACCUCGGCGGCCACGACAGCGGCGACAUCCUCUCCAACGAGCUCGAGAUCUACGCCUCCCGCUACACCCCGACCGACGGCGAGCUCAUCCCCACGGGGAAAGUCGUCUCCGUCGUGGGGACGCCCUACGACUUCCUAAAAUCGAAAUCCGUCGGGAGCAGGAUCGGUGAGUUGCAAAAAGGGUAUGACAUCAACUAUGUGCUGGACGACAAGGAAAUAAUCCGGCGGGGGAACAAGAGGGGGCUGAGGAAGGCGGCGGUGGUUCAUGAUCGGAAGACCGGGAGGGUGAUGGAGCUGUUCACGAACCAGCCGGCGGUGCAGCUGUACACUAGCGGGUCGCUUGGAGAGACGAAAGGGAAAGGUGGGGUGGUGUACAGGAAGAGUGGGGCUCUGUGUUUGGAGACUCAGGGGUAUCCUGAUGCUGUGAAUCAUCCCAAUUUUCCUUCCACCAUUCUUACUCCUUCCAAGCCUUAUGAGCACCAGAUGCUGCUGAGGUUCUUCACUUCGUAGAUGGUAUAAUGAUGAUGUAUGAGUUCUAGUCUGGUUUUGUUGUGCUUGUGAGGUCGGAUGAAGAGAUUGACCAUGGAAUUGUGUCUAAAUUUCAUUGAGCAAAGCAAGUGAGCAUAUCCUAGUACUCUUCAAUGAACCAAUUUUAGAAUUUUAAAUUGGUGUAACUUUCAAUUCAAUUCUGCCGUUAUAAAUUUGAGACCUCCAAAUUGAAAAUAACUGAUAUAUGCACUAAAUCAAUUACUUGUUUGCUUCAA